AUGUUUUCCUCGGCUCUCCUUGGGCUUGCCUUGGUGCAAGUCCUACCUGUCUUUGCAGAAGUUUCGCGUGGAGCAGGGAACUGUACGUGCGGGUUCUACGACAGUCAGACCAAAGAGCUUUACACCGACUCUAUCAUUGUCUACUUCAAUGAAACAUCAGGAUUACCACUCGAUUUUGUGGCCGAAGAAUUCGAGCAAAACUAUGCCAAAGACUGGAAUGCUGUCUUCCGUGAGGGUGCCUCUCCGGACAAUGUGCGACUUGACAAUGGCAAGUCUCUGCAGCUUGUAGUGCAGCCUACAACAAAAGAACAUCUCGUCCAGGGUGCCAGUCUUCGGACGAAGAGGCGUGAUAUUCAGCAUGGCUCCUUCCGGACCUUGAUGAGGCCUGCAUAUCUGGACGUCUCGGGCACAGCUACCACCAUGAUGUGGAAAUACAAUGAGACUGAGGUAACAGAGCUCAGUGUCAUGAACAAUGAUCGUCUAACCCAGCCCUGGGUUGGUACAUUUGUCAACAACGAGUUCACCACCCGCAAUCUUGGAAUGAACUUUAGUCAGCUCAUCAACGGCACUGCUGCAAACAGAAACUACACCACACUAGGUGGUGGACUUAGUAAUGGCAGCAUCAAUCCGUGGGACUUUACUGAAUACCGUAUCGACUGGACGGCAGACUACAUCAACUUCUAUAUCGGUGGCAACUUGACCCGCACUGUUGAGCACAAGAGAAACGAAGGAAUGCCGUCAGUCCCUUCUGCUUUGUUCUUUAAGCACUGGUCGACGGGUAACCGUUUUUCGAUGCGUGGACCUCCUCGGAAUGGAGAGUCAGUUGCCGACAUUGGUUGGAUCCGCAUGUUCUUCAACUCGUCAACGAUGAAUGAAGACUCUCGCGAGGACUUUGUUGCACGCUGUCCUCUGACAGAUGCCUGCUCCAUGGACGACUUUGAACUGCGUGGCUCUACCCCAUAUGCGGAAGAAGCUACGGAUCACUGGAAACAGGAUGGACACAAAGACAUUAAGCGCAUGCCGGCACUCUGGAUCUCCGUCUCCUGUCUUGCCAUCUCAACUCUUCUUCUUAUUCACACAUUCAUUCGACGUCUAGCGCCCAAGAUCACCAGAGGAAAUUCCAAGCCAGCCCCAGUAGCCCCAGCAGCGUCAGAAGUGGAAUCGCCAAAGCCUGAAACUGGUGCAGGUGCCUUUACUGAGAGUACAUUUACUAUGGAAUCUACGGAUAUGUUUUCACUUCCAGGAUCUGGCCACGAUCCUUCCUCUCCAAAACGCCGUUCUGUGGAUGACAUGACCAUUGAGAGGCUUGAUGCGAAGCCUGGCUGCUCGACACUUGGAGGAUCCACACCCAGAAUCGACUUGUCUCGUGUCAAUUCCAUCAUGUCAGACAGUCGCACCACUACGCCCUACGCAAGUAACUUCAACACUAGUAGAGAUGACGUCUCCAACUUGGCACCACCUAUUCCGGGAAUGACCUCGCUCAAGCACCACGAUUCGAUGCUCACGCUAACCGACCCACGGGCCACACUUUCACCACGCCCAGACAAGGUCCAAAUGGAGACUGUUACUGAGUCCGCUCUGCCAGCUCCGCGUAUGCGCCCGCAGCCUCCGCCAAAGCGGAACCGUAUCGAUCAUCUUGCUGGCCUCACCGCGCUCUGCUCGCUCGUCGUCACCAUUAUGCAUUUUGGUCUUACUUUUGUUCCUGCCAUGGUUCAACCAGGUGCGGAUGCACACAAUCCCUCUGAGCCGUGGGCACAAAGAAUCAUUGGCCCGUUUUUGCUCAACCAGAUGUGGCUUGGUGUCUUUUUCACUACCUCUGUUCGUUUCCUGACUGCCCCUUACCUACGUAAAGGCAAGAUGGAAGAAAUUGCCAAAGCAGCUGUGCGUCGAACACCGCGUCUGAUGAUUCCUGUUGCCUCAGUCGCGUUGCUCGAAUACUUCUUCGUUGACGUUGGUGCAACCAAAUUUCUCCAGUACAUCCCCAGUCUUACCUGGUCGACCUGGCCAUAUGUCACUCGCUACCAAAAUUUCGGCCAGUACAUUUCCGAGAUUUUGGAACUCAUCUAUCUGGUUCCGAAUGCUGUUCCGCAAAUCACACUGCAUUAUUGCACUGGUGUGCUUUGGACCAUUGCCGUGCAACUUCAGGGCUCGUGGCUUGUGCUCCUCGGCGCCGUUGUUGUUUACGAGAUCAAGACACCAUGGAAGCGCAUGUGCUACUACGCCUUCUGCCUCAUCAACCACUGGUACGCUCAAUCAUGGGGUACAUAUCUCUGGUUGGGUCUACUUCUCACCGACCUCGACGUGACCUACAAGUGGAAAUCUUACCUGGCUACACGGACGGCCGCCUACUACGCGACACUAACCUUCUUCUGGGGUUGUGUCAUUGCGGGUUUCAUGGUCAACGUCGUGCCUAUAUGGGUGGAGACGACUUUCAAUUUCAGUACCGCUGAGCGAGGUGUCCACCCUGACCUUACCACGGGCGAAGCAAUUCUCAACACUGAACGAAAUGGAUACCCAGCUUACAAUACGCCGCGUCUCAACGGUCUCCUCUUUGCUGGUGGCAUGCAAGCUGUUGUCGAACUCUCUGCAGUUGUACAGUGGAUCUUGUCCACGCCUCCUUUCCUGAUACUCUUCCCCCACGUCUUUACUAUCUACCUAAUUCACGGUCUUGUGUUCUGGUCCUACGGCUCCUGGCUCAUGGUGUUCCUCGCGGACCGUGGCUUCAGCUACGGCAUCAACGUAGUCGUUGUAGGCGUGACAUCCUACGGUGUGCUCUUCGCCUGCCUUCCCAUUGUCACGCCCGUGAUUGAAGCACUUGGAAAGGACAUGACUGCCAUGGUAUGGAUGACGGCAACGAAGAAAUCGCCUCCACGUCGGCGCACCCUGUUUCCUUACCCUGAUGACCUAUUCACCAGUCGUGUACCCAACGAAAAGGAAGAAGAGAAACAGGCCAACAGCAGCGAUGUCGAAACCGGCCUGGCUCAGCGCCAAAGUGAUGAAAGCACAAUGUACCAUGCACGCAGCACCUUCAGUGAGAAGGGCAAAGGCAAAGCACCCGCCUCGGUUGGCGUACACGAGAUGCAAGCGUUCGCCCUUGACGAAGAGCAACAACACGAUGGACGGUCAAGCAGUCCAAUGGUGAGUCGGUUUAGUGGAUAA